CGAUGGGAUAUUUCAGUGGUGGAUUACUCCGGUAUGUUGAUCUUAUAGCAUAGGACAAAGAAUGUGGCCCUCUCAAAUGACAAGCAUUGGCAGCCAGUCAUUCACAUCCGCUGUCUGACAAUAACAACAAGGCGAGAGUGGAGAGCUCGGAGCUUGUCCUGUAAGUUAUAUGCCUGUGCUGAAAGAGUGUUUUAGGUGGGUCAAACCUUUUUAAUACUCAAGUGGUCUGCGGGCAGCGUGUGGAAGUUGGAUCUGGUUUUGGAUGCCUGGUGUUAUUGGCAAGAAUGAAUACAGUAUUUUUCAUUUUUCCUCUAGUCCUUCUAGCAGGCGUCGCCUGGGCCUCCACUGAUGAAACACGUCUGGUCAAAACCCUCUUCGCCCGCUACAAUAAGGUCGUCCGUCCUGUCAAUCACUUCAAGGAACCGGUGGUUGUUACUGUGGGCCUUCAGCUCAUCCAGCUCAUCAGUGUGGAUGAGGUCAACCAGAUCGUCAGCAGCAACGUGCGACUGAAACAGCAAUGGAAAGAUGUGAACUUGCACUGGAACCCGGAGGAUUACGGUGGCAUCAAAAAGAUCAGAGUUCCCUCCACUGACAUUUGGCGGCCUGAUCUGGUUCUCUACAACAAUGCUGAUGGAGACUUUGCCAUCAUUCAUGAGACCAAAGUGCUGCUGGAGCACACAGGAAUGAUCACGUGGAACCCCCCUGCGAUCUUCAAGAGCUAUUGUGAAAUCAUUGUGCUGCAUUUCCCCUUUGACCUCCAGAACUGCAGUAUGAAGCUGGGUACCUGGACCUACGAUGGAAACCUGGUCGUCGUCAAUCCUGACAGUGACCGCCCUGAUUUGAGCAACUUCAUGGAAAGUGGAGAGUGGGUGAUGAAGGAUUACCGCAGCUGGAAGCACUGGGUGUACUACGCUUGCUGCCCGGAAACCCCUUACCUCGACAUCACCUAUCACUUCCUCAUGCUGCGGCUCCCGCUGUACUUCAUCGUCAACGUCAUCAUCCCCUGCAUGCUCUUCUCCUUCCUCACCGGCCUUGUCUUCUAUCUUCCUACAGACUCCGGUGAGAAGAUGACUCUCAGCAUCUCUGUCUUGCUGUCUCUGACUGUGUUCCUACUGGUCAUUGUGGAGCUGAUCCCCUCCACCUCCAGUGCUGUACCACUCAUUGGGAAGUACAUGCUCUUCACCAUGGUCUUCGUCAUAGCUUCCAUUAUCAUCACUGUCAUUGUUAUCAACACCCACCACCGCUCCCCCAGCACUCACACAAUGCCAAACUGGGUCCGCAAGGUUUUUAUUGAAACCAUUCCCAACAUCAUGUUCUUCUCAACAAUGAAACGCCCAGGAAAGGAAAAGCCGACUAAAUCCAGCAUCUAUGGUGCUGAUUUUGACAUCUCAGACAUCUCUGGCAACCAGACCUCUUCUGUUCCCUAUCAGUCGCCUAUCACCAAGAACCCUGACGUCCGCAGUGCUAUAGAAGGAGUCAAGUACAUCGCAGAAACCAUGAAAUCCGACGAGGAAUCUAACAAUGCUGCCGAAGAGUGGAAGUUUGUGGCCAUGGUGUUGGAUCAUAUUCUGCUCUGUGUGUUCAUGGCUGUGUGUCUCAUCGGCACAUUAGGCGUGUUCGCAGGCCGUCUCAUUGAGCUGAGCAUGCUCUAAAGCCCUGUGCGUCCUGUUUGACCGGUUUACCUUUUGCUGGUCAACGUGACAUGUAUGACCUUUGUUUUUGAAGCUACUGUCUUGCAGCAUUCCCAGUGGAAGUCUCUGUUUGCUCUUUGGUGUUUUGGUCCUAUGUGUUUUUAUGUAAAAUAUCAUGUUGUAUACAGUAUCUUCAGCAUAUUUUUUGACACAGCAGUGUAGUUUUUAUUUUUUAAAGGAAUAUAGGCUAUGUGUGCAAUUUAAAUAUUGAAUUUAUUCAAAAGAACACUUUGGAAUAUUUUCUUUGACAUGUUUAUUGGGAACAACUGAAUAAAAAAUAAAAUGGGUUUUGUCAGUUUUUCAGGGUGA